AUGGAGGAAAAACUAGAGAAGGAGCAGGUGGCAGGUUGGGAUGAUGACAGUCACUACCUGUCCUCCAGAAGCUCUCGGGCUGGUGUGAGAGACACCCUGACAGAAGGGAGGGCAAAGGGCCACGUCCUCCGCCUGCCCCACCCUGCUGACAAGAGUCCCAGUCACCCGGCCACCCUCUCAGUCUGGGGCCCUCGAGGGAGCCCAGAAUCCCAAGUGGCUGGAGCACUGGGGGAUACCCAGACAGAGCCCUCGCUGGACCAGGUCCUCCGGGAGCGGGAUGAAGCCAUUGCCAAGAAGCGGGCAGUGGAGGCUGAGCUGGACAUAUUCAAAGCCAAGUUGCGAGCUGUGGAGGCCCAGCUGCUGGAAGUUCUGGAGGAGAAGCUGAGACUGAGGCAGGAGGUGGAGGCCUGGGAGGACGACAUGCAGCGGCUGGUGAGGCAGCAGGUCGAGAGUCAGCUGCAGAGAGAGUCCAGGGGCGCCCUGGGAGCCCCCAUGGACCCUGGCACUGCCAGGACCCCCUGGGUCAGAUUCUCCCUGAGUUGGUGGGGACGUUGGCGGUGAGAGAGCUCAGCCCAAGACCUUGGGAGGAGUAACUUUAUUCAUUAAAGUUUAAGGUCUGACGCACCCCCCACGCAUCCUCGUGCC